CCAGCGUUACAAGGGUUUAAAAAUCCAAGGAGCAGAAGAAGAAGAAGAAGAAAGCCUUCUGUAUCCGAGAUUAGAUUUUCUUUCUAUAUCCGAUUUUUAUCAAAGCAGAUUGAAUUUUAUAGAUCCAAAUGACUCUUUGAAUUUGUCUCCUAUUUUGUUUAAUUAGGGUUUUAAUUCCUAGAGAUUUAGGGUUUAAUCUUAUUGAUUUUGCUUAUUCCAAUUCGUAAUAGUUAAUCCCAAGUGGGUACAAAACCUACGUCACAUUGUAUGAUAUUUGAUCUAUUCCAGCAUUUUUCAUUUCUCUGGCGGCUAGUAGUACUACCACUAAAUAUAUAUCCGAGUGGAUUUCUAAUACGUGCAUUCCAAAUCUUUGAAAUUCUUCUCCACCACUUUCAGUUUCAGACUAGUUUCCGGUGAUAAAUACCGGCAGGUUAAGUUAUUGAUAAUCAUAAAUCAACUCUUUCUGCUGCUGCUGCUGCUGCUGAACCGUUAAGGCUCUAGUAACAGUGAGAGAACUCGGGAAAGAAUCAAGUGAAAAACCAGAAACAGGUGAACUUAUACUAGAUUUCUGAGUUCAAUUCAUAGAAAGGAAGGUGAUAGUUAUGAACUCGUGGGUCACUUAGUUCCAGGGAGAUCUGAAAGUAUUUGAAAAGGGGUUUCUUUUCUCUCGUUUCGAGUUUGAGAUUAAAGGUGUCUUCGGAUUCGAUAGGCGGGCUGCGGAGAUUAAGGUUUGAGUUGUGAGUUGAGGAAAUAAAGUGUUUGAAGAGGAUAACAUUUAGCGAUUCAAAAAUGCAAGCUCAAGCACUAAGCCACCAUCACAAUCCUCUUGCUGGGAUUGCCACUUUUUCUCCCAAAUCAGCAAACAUUAGAAAGAGAUGUAACUCCACUGUAAGAAUGGCACUCAAGGCAGAUGGUCCAUCCAUAGCUGUCGUGGGUGUUACUGGUGCUGUUGGACAAGAGUUUUUGAGCGUUCUCUCCGAUCGUGACUUCCCUUACAGAAGUAUUAAAAUGCUUGCUAGUAAAAGAUCUGCAGGAAAACACCAAGAAUUUGAGGGGAAAGAUUAUGUUAUCGAAGAGUUGACUCAUGAGAGCUUUGAUGGUGUUGAUAUUGCAUUGUUUAGUGCUGGAGGAUCAAUAAGUAAAGAAUUUGGACCUGCUGCAGCUGCACGUGGUUCGAUUGUUAUUGACAACAGCUCUGCAUUUAGGAUGGAUGCAAACGUCCCACUUGUUAUCCCAGAGGUUAAUCCAGAUGCCAUGUCUCACAUUAAACUUGGAUCUGGCAAAGGAGCUCUUAUUGCCAAUCCAAACUGUUCCACCAUUAUCUGUUUAAUGGCAGCAACACCUCUACAUCGCCAUGCCAAGGUAGUGCGAAUGGUUGUUAGCACAUAUCAAGCAGCUAGUGGUGCAGGUGCGGCCGCAAUGGAGGAGCUUGAACUACAGACUCGUGAGGUCCUGCAAGGAAAGGAACCUACCUGUAAAAUUUUCAGUCAGCAGUAUGCUUUUAAUCUGUUUUCACACAAUGCACCUAUUACAUCAAAUGGGUAUAAUGAAGAGGAAAUGAAAUUGGUUAAGGAGACUAGAAAAAUAUGGAAUGACAAUGAUGUCAAGGUGACAGCCACUUGUAUACGAGUUCCUGUGAUGCGUGCCCAUGCUGAGAGUGUUAAUCUUCAAUUUGAAAGCCCACUUGAUGAGGAUACGGCAAAGGAAAUUCUCCAAAAAGCUGCUGGUGUUGUUGUUAUUGAUAACCGAUCCGCUAAUCACUUUCCUACUCCGCUAGAGGUAUCAAACAAAGAUGAUGUUGCAGUUGGAAGAAUACGACGAGACAUUUCUCUAGAUGGAAAUCAAGGGCUGGAUAUAUUUGUCUGUGGGGAUCAAAUUCGUAAAGGAGCUGCUCUCAACGCAAUACAGAUCGCAGAGUUACUUCUGUAAUUUGUGAGUUUGUCGAUAAGUUUUGGUAUAACUUAGAGUUUCAGAUCUCCUGCUAAUGUGUCUCUGAUUAUCAGAUACUAGUUUUGCGCUAGCUUUUUGUUAGGUUGGUUUGAUGCAUCGAUUGUCGUGUUCAAUUUAAAAAGACAGUGUAAUUUUGUUUUCGAUUCAAUUGUACUGAAACUCAAUUUUGCAUUUGAUUCAACUAAUCUUAGAGAUACCAUUGGGAAUUCGAUUG